AUGCUUUUACUAUCUUUAGCUUUGGUCGCUGCGUUAGCACCGUCGGUUCUUGGAUGCCCACAGCACUUGAACAACAAGCGAUCACAUUUACAAGGUCGCCAGACCGACCCUGCGCUGAAUCCCAAUCCCAACACCACACAAAACAUCUGGUCAUACGAGGCGUCCUUCAACUGGGGCAAGCUGAGCCCUGAUUACCGUCUCUGCCAAACUGGAACACAGCAAUCGCCUAUUGCCCUCUCCCUCGGCAACGGUCUAUCACUGAACCAUGUUCCAAAAUUUAACUACAACGGCUCAGUCGCUGGCAAUUUCGCCAAUUGGGGCUAUGGUCCCGCUUUUACAGUAGCUCACAAUGGGGACUGGGCCUCGCACCCCAGCUUCACGUACGACAAUGAGAUACUGUAUCUUAAGGGUUGGCACAUCCAUGCCCCAGCUGAUCACUCCGUCGGAGGCGAUCGCAGUAAGGCCGAGAUGCACUUCGUCCAUGUCGAUGCCGAGGGCCACGAGCGCGCUGUUUUGGCCUUCCGUCUUGACCCCGGUAACUUCAACAACACCUUCUUCGACCAGCUCCCUCCUAUGAUUGGGUUCGAUGAGAUGCAGACCCAAGAGCCCCUUGAGUUGGAUCUCUCUCUUGCUCUGGAGUCGGUGCUACACUUUAACGAAUUCUGGACCUAUCAGGGUAGCUUGACCAGUCCGCCUUGCCACGAGGGUAUCAGGUGGUUUGUUGCUAGGCAGAUCAUGUUCACUGGCGUUGAACAAAUGCAAGCGAUCUUGGGUGCAAGCACUUACUCUGCGAGAGCUGAGCAAGAAGUAUGGCAGCAUCGCAUCAACGAGUAA